AUGUCUGCAGCUUCGGCCGCUUCAGCACAUCCCCUUCGCCAGACCUCUUUCCCGCCAGAGGAGUCGCAAGGCCAAUACUCGCCCAACUACCGACGUUCCCCGAGUGUCGACAACAUGAGUCUAGUCAGCGGUAGCCAGGUCAGCGCUGCACCAAAGAAGAAGCGCGGCCGCAAAUCCAAGGCAGAGCGAGCAAGGGAAGCUGCUGAAGAGGCCGCAAGAGGAGGCACGCCUAGUGCUGUCAAUGGGGUUGCGCCCAGUGUCAUCAGCAAUGCUAGCGGUGCUAACAAGGCUGCCGCUGACGACGACGCUGACGCCGGAGAAGGUCCUGGCGGAUAUGAGGUGCCCGAAAACAUGGCCAGUCGCGCAGCCGCACGAAGUAAAGAGGAGAUCAAGGAGGAGGAGCGCCUUCGAGCUCUACUAAAGCAGAAGAUGGACGAUAAUCAAUUCCAUCGGUAUGAGGUUUGGCAUCAGUCCAAGAUCCAAAUUGGCAACAUUCGAAAGUAUAUCAAUUCUGUGACAUCACAAUCCGUUGCUGCCAACAUACCUCAGGCUAUGCAAGUUGUAUGCAAGCUGUUCUUGGGCGACAUGGUUGAGGAGGCUAGGAGGGUGCAGCAGGAGGAGAUUAGAGCCGGUGUGAAGCAAACCGACCUACCAGACAAUAAGGAGCACGAAGACGAGAUCAGCGAGGCAUCCAAACAUCGGCGACAGCCACCUCUGCUCCCAGAACACUUUGCAGAAGCUUACAGACGGUGGAAGAGAUCUGGGGCCACGGGAGGAUCUGGGGGAAAUACCUUGGCAUGGAGUCAACAAACGACCAAUGGAACAGAGAGGUUUGCUGCCCGAGCUGGAGGCCGCAGGAUCUUCAGGUAA